UUCAACAGAUUCAAUAUCGACUGUCGCACGGAGCUGACUGGUCGAGUCGCGUCACGUGACCCCGUCGUCCAUCGUGUCCUCCUGCGGAGCGGCCGUUACGGCCACUACUACCACACGUGCGUGUUUGAUCGCAUGAGCUGCCACCCAGCUGUGUUGUACGUACGUACCGCCCUGCUUUUCCGAGAGACCGGGUCGCGAGCACGCUCGUGGCGAUUCCGCACGAGAGAUUCUUCCUUUCUGCGCCUGCAUGACUCUUCAUCUUCGGCGACGCGCGAGCAUCACGCCGUCCCUCGUCCGAAGAUCAACAACGUACGCACCAUCGCCGGUGAUCCGAUCGCCGAGGCAGCCUGUCGGGGAAACGUGAGGUAGAGCGUGAGGAAUCGGGGAGAAAGCUGAGCGGAGCAGUCGAUCGCGGCAGCAGCCAGGAUGCAGGAGUCGCAGCCGAAAAAGGGGAAGAAAGGUAGGAGAAAGCGCAAUGACAGCGACGAGGACAUUGAACAGGUAUUGGCGGAAUUGGCACUGGAGUAUUCUGGACAGAAAUCAGCUGCAGACGACAAAGUUGAAAGUAAAACAGAAUCGAACGAGCAAAAAAAUGACAGUGAAGAUAAAAAGAAAAAAGGGAAGAAGGAUAAGAAGAAGGAAAAGGCAGAGAAGGACGAUAUCAAAGAAACUGAAACUGCAGACAAUAAUAUAAUAGAAACAGAGUUAAAUAAUACUGAAAUUGGUGACAUGGAUUCUGAAAUUAGUACUGUAAAAACAGCAGCACAAAAGAAGAAAGAAAAGAAGGAGAGGGAAAAGCAGAAAAAGUUAGCUCAGAAAAAAGCGGAAAUUUCUAAGGAUGGCAGCAAGAAAGAAGAGACUGAAACUGCAGCUUCUGAGGAAAAGAAAAACGAUAAAGUUAAAAAACAGGAUAGCGUAGAAGCUGAUGGCGAUGCCGCUGAGCCUGAAGAUAGUACGAAAAAGAAAAAGAAGAAAGCUGGAAAGGAAGAGACUAAAGAGAAAGGUAAAGGACCUGGGAAGAAAACUAUCGCCGCUAUGCAGGAGGCUUUAAAGAAAUUGAAGGAAGAGGAAGAGAGAUUAAAGCGUGAAGAAGAAGAAAGGUUACGACAAGAGGAAAUUAGAGAGCAAGCAAGAUUAGAACAAGUACGACUUGAGCAGGAGCGCAAAGAGAAGAAGAAAUUAAAAGAAAAACAACGAAAAGAGAGACUGAAGGCGGAAGGAAAAUUCCUGACAACGAAACAGAAACAGGAUAGAGCUAGAGCGCAAGCGAUGAUUGAAGCGCUUAAAGCUCAAGGUUUUGAUUUGCCAGAAGCCGGAGAGAAAAAACCUAGACCAGGGACGCGAAUCAGGCCAAAUAAGAUGAAGCAGCAAGUUAGUGUGGAAGAAAAGAAAGAGGACGAAAAGAUCGAGGAUAUUGAAACGUCUGCGGCCCAAGUGCAAGUGGAAAUUAUAGAUGAGCCAGCGAAGGAAGUAAAGGAAAAGAAAGAAGAAGACGACGUUAAGGAUUCGUGGGAUGCCGAGAGCACGGAUGACGAACAGGAAGAAGAAGAUAAAUCAGAUGAUAUUCUAAAGACACACGAAAAAAUGGAAAAACCUCAAAAAGUCUCGGCCUCAGAAUUAGAAAAGAAAGGAUCAUCCGAGAGCGAUACAGAGAGCGAAAGCGGAAGCGAGUCGGAAUCCGAGGACGAGAGCGACGAGGACAGCGAGGUGGAGGAUAAAGUGCCAGAUGCCGCACGUAAAAAGGAACGUGCGAAAGAACGUAUUCAGAAUCGCCGUAUAGAGGCGGAGAAGAAGAAAUCUUUGGAUAAUUUGAGAGCCGCCGUCGUCUGCGUUUUGGGACACGUCGAUACGGGUAAAACGAAGAUUCUAGACAAGCUGAGAAGAACGAAUGUGCAAGACGGGGAAGCUGGUGGUAUAACUCAACAGAUUGGUGCUACUAAUGUUCCCAUCGAAGCCAUCCAAGAUUCAACUAGGCACGUAAAAGGUUUUGCCGACAAGAAAUUUAAAAUACCUGGUCUCUUGAUCAUAGAUACACCUGGCCACGAAUCGUUUAGCAAUCUCAGGAGCAGAGGGUCCUCUCUUUGUGAUAUAGCAAUUUUAGUUGUAGAUAUUAUGCACGGGUUGGAACCGCAAACUAUAGAGAGUAUCAAUUUAUUGAAAGCAAAAAAAUGUCCUUUUGUUGUCGCUCUCAAUAAAAUCGACAGAUUGUACGAUUGGCAAACCAUGAGUCGUAAGGAUGUUCAAGAUAUUAUUAAGAAUCAAGAAUCUAAUACGCAGCGAGAGUUCGAGAGGCGGUCGAAGGACAUUAUUGUACAGUUUGCCGAGCAAGGUCUUAAUGCGGCAGUGUAUUAUGAGAAUCCAGAUCCCAGAGAAUACGUGUCGUUGGUUCCUACCAGUGCCAUAACAGGCGAAGGUAUGGGCAAUUUGUUGGCGUUAAUAGUCGAUGCCUGUCAGGGUCCUCUGGCUAAAAGAUUGAUGUACAGCGAAGAGCUUCAGGCUACCGUAUUGGAAGUCAAGGCAUUGCCCGGACUCGGUACUACGAUAGACUGUAUUCUAGUCAAUGGGAUGUUAAGAGAAGGUGAUACAGUCAUCAUCGCUGGUACGGACGGGCCUAUUGUAACACAAAUUCGCUCACUUCUUAUGCCGCAGCCGUUAAAGGAAUUACGAGUUAAGAAUGCAUACAUCGAACAUCGUGAAGUUAAGGCUGCUCAAGGAGUGAAAAUUGCUGCUAAAGAUUUGGAAAAGGCUAUUGCUGGGUUAAAUUUGCAAGUCGCGCAGAAGCCAGACGAGGUUGACGUUAUGAAGGAAGAAAUAGCAAAGGAACUGUCGAGUGCUCUGGGAAAUAUUCGGCUCGCUGAACGAGGAGUUUACGUGCAGGCGUCAACUUUGGGAGCUCUUGAAGCAUUGUUGGACUUUCUGAAAAGCAGCAAAAUACCGUACUCCGGAAUUCGUAUCGGACCGGUCGUCAAGAAAGACGUCAUGAAGGCGUCUAUCAUGCUGGAGCACGAUAGCCAAUACGCCACGAUUCUUGCGUUCGACGUGAAGAUCGAGAGGGACGCGCAAGAGCUCGCGGACUCGCUGGGCGUCAAGAUCUUCCAGGCCGACAUUAUUUACCACCUGUUCGACAAAUUCACCAGUUACAGGGAGGAACUGAAGCAGCGCAAGCGGGACGAGAACAAGCACAUCGCCGUGUUUCCGUGUAAGCUGAGGAUCCUGCCGCAGUACGUAUUCAACUCGAGGGAUCCGAUCGUGAUCGGCGUGAUGGUCGAGGCUGGAAUCGUCAAGGAAGGAACGCCGCUCUGCGUCCCGAGCAAGGACUUCGUUGACUUGGGCAUGGUAACCAGUGUAGAAUACAAUCAUAAGCCCGUGGAAUCGGCUAGAAAAGGCCAAGAGGUCUGCAUCAAAAUCGAGCCUGUGCCAGGAGAAGCACCCAAGAUGUUCGGUCGUCAUUUCGAGGCGAAGGACUUCCUCGUCAGCAAGAUAAGCAGGCAGAGUAUAGACGCCUGCAAGGAUUACUUCAGGGAUGACCUACUGAAGACCGAUUGGCAACUCAUGGUGGAACUGAAGAAGCUCUUCCAGAUACUCUAGGAUAUGAUGAGGAUUGCGACGGCGACACUGUCCAAGGGCCUCUUUGCUUUUCCGGCGGCUGUUCGACGAGAAAAUCGGGGUUCGUCGAACCCGAGCGAACGUCUCCUCGAUCGUCGUCGCGACAUCGCCGCCGCGAGAUAACGCGUUGGUGAUGCGGCAUGCUCGAAAGUAUCUCCCAUUCCAAACGCGGAUCGACGUCUCUCUCGUUCCUGUUCGCGUGCAUACGAAGGAUUGCCGAAAGUUGUAAGGCCAUCGGACGAGCAUGCCGCGAGAAGAAGAGAUGCGAAGACAAUCUCGUGCUCGCCGGCGUCCUUGGAAGCGCCACGCGCGGCUUUCGAGGACGAUCGAAGACGGGGAGGAGACGCGAUCGCAUCGGAUUCUGCGAUUGCGUUCGGAGUAUUUAUGGAGUACCGCGAAAACGGUACUCCCGUGUCUUGCCAACGAGCAGGAAGAGAACGUAGCUGGGGUCGCAUCGGAGAGGAAGCUUCUUGGAAGUGCGCGAUCGCGAGAAGGAGGAUGAUCACUCCGGAUGGGACGUCGUGGGCAACGACGUUGUAGAUACGCGGAAUGGAGGAAAACAGACGAGUCGGGAGAGAAGAGGAAGAGAGAGGAGAGAAAAGGGUGGAACAGAGGAGAGGGUGAGAGGGGGGGGGGAGACGAAUAUGCGUGGUGCUGAUGAACGAAAUAAUCGCACGAGAAAUCGCUCGUGUGUUUUAUAUAAUGUAAUCUCUUUAUAUAAGACAAGCGCAGUAUUGCGGGGUGGAAAAUAAAGACUACGCGUUUUUCGCAAAAAAAAAGGAGAAAAUAAAAGAGAAUGGGAGAAAAAAAA